AUGGUGGCCAAGCCACCGAGCCUCCGCGGCGCCGACGUGCGCGUGGGCGGCGAAGCUUCCUGGCAUGAGCGGUGGCACGACCGCGGCCCAGCUGGGCCAGCACCGUCACGUCGCGGCCUCUGCGGGGAAACAUUCCCCGGAUUUGACGACCUCUACUGCAAGUUCUGCUUUGUCUACGGCCAAGACUGGGUUCCCACAGCGGGUCUGGAGGAGGGCAUCUCCCAGAUCACCUCCAAGAGCGACGUCGCGCCCACCACGCUCGUCUGGAACUUCCCCAUCGACAUUACCUUCAAGAGCACCAACCCGUCCGGCUGGCCGCAGAUUGUAGUGAGCGUCUACGGACCCGACUUUUUUGGAAAUGAUGUGGUCAGAGGUUAUGGAGCUGUUCACGUUCCCUUCACACCCGGAAGGCAUACAAGAACCAUCGCUAUGUUUGUUCCAGAGUCCACAUCUAGGCUGCAGAAGUUUACAAGCUGGUUCACAGGGAGACGUCCAGAAUUUACUGACCCCAGAGUGGUAGCACAGGGAGAAGGAAGAGAAGUAACGAGGGUGCGAUCUCAAGGCUUUGUGACCAUUUCCUUCAACGUGGUGACCAAAGAUAUGAAGAAGUUGGGCUAUGACGUGAGCCCGAGCGACAUGCAGAACCCUUCUCUGGUGCCUGUUACGGAAGGGAUUCAUAAGUAUUGAACUCGGGCGUGAGACGCUCAAAGGCUCACAGGCAAGUUAAGCGCUUUGGGGCUUUUUGUGGCAGAGGGAAAUGAGUAUCUGACUAAACUGAGAUGUCGUCACUUGAGACCGUUAUUCAUUCCAAAAGCAACACAAGCCCAUGAGGCUUUGGAAUAAUUACCUGAGUAUAAUCCUUUCAGUAAGCAUACAGGUUGAAGUAUUCUGUAAAUUAAUGUCAUCGGAUAAUAUUUAGCAUUUUUAUGAGUAACAUCAGACUAUCUCAAAAUAAGACCUGUAACAAAAUAUUUUUUAUAACAGCCUUUUGCACACUCUUUAUAUACUUAAAGAAUAGGAACGUUUAUAGUUGUAGCAGUUUUCCUGUGUUUAAAACAUCAUUGCAAACCCAGUUCUUUUUACUAACGUUUUUUUGUGGUAGAAAUGGGAAAUUGAAAUUAUUGCACCUUCCAAAAAGGAGGGAAUAUGGAAACCCUCCCGUGAAACGCACAUGCAGUUCUCCAUGCCACGUGCUUCCCUCUGCAAAAGCAACAGCAGUUUUCAGUAUAAUCCCGCAUAGUCCUUUAGAAUUUGUGCGACUGGUUAAAAUAGCUCAUGCACUGCGGAAACAAACCUUUCCGCAUUUUUCAGUGAAGCCACAUGGGCUUUUGCAUUUAGAACAAGAUGACAACUCUUCCAUUUCCAGAUUUUCUUUCUGCAUCAUUU